UAGCCAUGUCUACAACAUUUCUUCUCUUUAUCUUAACCAUUGGGACCUGUUCCAUUCACUCUCUCGCCCAAACAUGUCCUCCUCCUCCAAGAUGCCCUCCAAUUUCACCACCACCUCGUCCUCUUCCUUUCCCUCGAGUCCGCCCCAGGCCACCUCUCUACCCUCCUUCACUGCAUCUCAUGCCACGCCAACCAAACAACAAUCCAGGACCUCUCGCUAAUAGAGCUAGAAUUCUAUUCAUCACUCAGGAACUUAAAAGAAACAUUACAUUUGACCCUAGAAACUACACUGGGACCUGGGUUGGCAACAAUUACUGCCUUUUCAGAGGCUUCUUCUGUGACACUGUCCCUGAUAGAAACAUUACUGGACUAGCAGCUAUUGAUUUCAAUGGUGCUAGAUUUGGCGGUAUCUUGAACUUCUAUCGUUUUGUCAUGAAUUUGCCAGACAUUGCCAUCUUCCAUGCAAAUUCUAACAACUUUAGCGGCCCGAUAAAUUCAAACCUCAAUCAGCUGCGAUAUUUCUAUGAGCUUGACUUGAGUAACAACAAGUUCAUAGGAGGAUUCCCCAGCAACGUUCUCAGAGCCCAAAAAUUAACCUUUGUGGACAUUCGGUUCAACAACUAUCUGGGUCCUGUCCCUGCUCAGGCAUUCAACAUUGACACUGACGUUCUUUUCAUCAACAAUAAUCAGUUCAAUCGUACGAUCCCUGCAAACUUUGGCAACACUCCAGCACUCUAUCUCACUUUAGCCAACAACAAGCUCACAGGUUCAAUUCCAAGAAGUAUUGGCCGAGCCUGGAAUACACUAAUCGAGGCCCUGUUUUUAGGCAACAGGCUCACCGGAUGCCUCCCCUUUGAAAUCGGAUACUUGCAGAAGGCCACGGUGUUGGAUUUUGGGCUCAACUUGUUAACGGGUCCGAUCCCACAAUCAUUUGGGUGCUUGGUGAAAUUGCAGUUUCUGAACUUGGCUCAUAACAUGUUUUAUGGGCCAAUACCGGAGGUUUUGUGUAGGCUACCAAAUGCUUAUAAUUUUACGCUUACUUUUAACUAUUUCACCCAAGUUGGCCCCCAGUGCAGGAGGCUGAUAAGGGCAAGGAGACUCAACGUGAACAGAAACUGCAUUAUGGGGCUUCCUAAUCAAAGACUUGCAGCUGACUGUGCCCGGUUUUUUGCAAGGCCUAGGAGUUGUGCUCGUGAGAGUAGUUUUUCUUUUAUUCCUUGUACCCUUCCCGCAUCUUCCAUGAAGAUUACUUCUCCUCCAACAGAGGACGAAGCUCCAGCUCCACAGUCCUAUAAAGCCCUGAAAAUGCCUCCCCAUUAAUCAAUGGCAGGUGCAGAAUGGGUUCCAUUAAUUCAUUCAUGAUGUCUUCAAGUAAGAGAUUGUCGUGGAGUAGCAGCGUUAUGUUGCAUUUCUAUGGUGUUUUCCCUAAUGUACAUAUGUCACGCUUAAGGGAGCUUUAAUUUUUUUUUCCCUUUUAAAUUUUCCUUCUCAUUUGUAUUAUUGUGAUCUACUUAAUAGCAGGAAAUUAGUCGGAUUGUUGAGCUUUUGAGAUGGAAAUAAAAAUAUCUCUCUCAAAUUGAUAGGAUGAUAUGAAUUGAUGGAACUAAUACGAAAUACUAUA